AUCAAAGGCACUUGCAUCCGGCCCGCUGGACUGAAUGUGAGAACGUUGUAGAGGUGGGCAGUGGCCAUAGACUUACCAACAUCGGUCAUCACCUGCGCCACCAACUCGCUAUCGCGUACCACCCACACUGCCUCGUCUUGUCUGAUGUCUUUUUUUUCGUUAAAAUUAUUAUAUUUAUUGUUUUUUACAACUUGCUUUGAAAAAUAUUUCAUUUUCCGGCGUAAUCAAAGCAACAUUUUAAACCACUCUCAUUCAUUAAAAAUACAUUGUUCAUCAAAUUAUGCAAUAAAACUACUUACAUAUUUUGUUUACGUAUUAUAACCAGGUAUAAAGAGUACGAGUUUAUUUAUUUCAACGGAAUAAUGGCCGCGCUGAACAAGAUCGUGUUCACGUGGGCCUCAUUAAGACUUUAGAGUAGUUUAGACUAUCAUUCAACAAUUUUUUGGGCUUACCAAAUCUCAAUAAAAUAUAUUGAAGGUUUUGUUCACUUGAAAGUAUAAGUUUAUCGGUGUUGUGACAUUUUUUCUGCCCCAAAAAUAAUUAAAAAAUACACCCACACAUCAUUGUAAAAUCUAUACAUUAAUCGCUCGGCUUAGAAUUUAAAAUAAUGUUAAUAACAACUGUUGUUUUUGUUGUAGUAUGCACACCACAUUGAAUUUACGUAAAAGUAGGUACUGAGUUGACCCGUACAUCAAUCCACUAGAGUCUGACCAUCAAAUCCGCACACGCUGUCAAUUAAGUCGAUGAUGUCGAUAAUACCUGUUGUGGAGUGUGAACAUAAUGUAUUAUUUAAUUUAGAGCUUUAUAAUUUAUAAAAGAAUUCUAGAAUUUAGAAUUCUAGAAAGCCUGAAGACAGAACCUGGUGAAAAAGAAAAAGAAAUCAUAGAAGCUAUACAAAAACAAAUUCAUAAAGGCAUAAAUAUUACAAUCACAAAGUCUGGAGGAAUCAACAGAUUGCAAUUCUUGCAAAAUAUAGUCGAUAGAAUGCGUCAGCGCUUAUUCAAUGACUAUAAAAAUACAACAAUAUUACAAGAUCUAAAGGUUAUUGGAGAAGUCUUUAAAAUAGAAACCGAUGAUGAUAGAGGAGAAGAAGAAGUUAAAAGAGUGUCACGCAAAUUUGGUCUAUCUGAAUUUGAAAGUUUAGUAAACUUUCGUUCACGAAAUGCGUCUUCUGAUCUUAUAAAAACACUAAACAUACUUCCAACAACAACUUCCGAAUGUGAACGAGGAUUUUCUGAUAUGAAUCUCACCAUAACUGAUCUUAGAACUCGUUUAACAAUUGAAAAUGUGUCAGAUUUAAUGUUUAUCUCCAUCAAUGGCCCCCCAGUUGAAGACUUCAAUCCACGACCAUACGUAAAAAUUUGGCUGCGAAAAAACAGAUCAGCAGAUUCAGCUCCACGUGGUAAAGAACAAAAAAAAACCGUCGACGAAGAAGAUAAGUUAAGAAAACAAUUUUUUAUCAAUUUAUUUAAAUAAUUCAUUUUUAUAAUUUUGUUUUGAUAUAAUAAAAAUGUAAUAAUAAUUUUUUUAGUUAUUAAUUAAACCUCUCCACCACUUUUAUCGUACAAAUAAUGAAAUACAUAUAUUUUGGCGUUCUUCAGCGUAGUAUACUCUCAUACAAAAUGAUGGGAACA